GCCCUUCUUUUCUUCUCUCCUCCUAGGACUCCACUUAAGGCUAUGUGAUAUUAUCACGUGGGUCUCGAAUGCUUUAUUGUUUGUUUGUUUGUCAAUUGCACAAGAAAAGCCAGCUGGGAUUUUAUGGGACUGUGCUGGAUCUCUAAAUCAACGUGAAGACCUAUGCCGUUUUAAUAAUUUGACUAUUCCAUUCAACAGCGUAGAUCUCUCCAUUUUUUAAAAGUUUUUAAAAAUGUCAGCAACUUGUUACAAGUUUUAAGAGUAGAAUUUUUGCACAUACAUUUUUAAAACUUAUCCUCAAGCUGUUUCAGGCGGCGGGCAAGAUGGCGGAUGUGCAGACUGAGCGUGCCUAUGGAGAGCAACCAACCAUCUUUCACAAUAAGAAGAGGGUCCUGCUUGGAGAAACUGGCAACUACCCCCGAAGGUACAACCUCUUUGAGAAUGUCCACAAGCACAUGUCCAUGCACCUGUCCCCCUGCUGCAGGGAUGUCCAGAUUGGUGACAUUGUCACAGUGGGCGAGUGCCAGCCCUUGAGCAAGACUGUGCGUUUCAACGUGUCCAAAGUCACAAAGGCCGCUGGCACCAAGAAGCAAUUCCAGAAGUUCUGAGAUUAGACAUCUGCCCACAGCCCUCCCCCCGCAAAUAAUUUCCCAAUUAAAAAAAACCCAACCUAUCCUCAAAUAUAUUUUUUUCAGGCUCCUACAAUUUUUUAAAAAAACUUCCUAGUCCAACUGUUUGUUGCUAAUAUAAAGAAGUAGAAUCAAUUUUUGUGUAUUGACCUUCUAUCCUACAAUCUUGCCAGAUUGACUUGUUAGCUUGAGUAGAUUUUUUUUGCCACCUGCUUAGGGUUUUUAACGGCAUGAUUAUGGCAUGUUUUAUUAAAACAUAACAUGGGCCAUCACCUUUCCAGCUCCUGAAAUCAAUUUCCAUAUUUCUCUGUCCAGCUGUUAAGCCAAUGCUGCGUAUUCUCGUUUAG